AUGAAAGCAAAAUUAGACACAUUCAUAAAUGAGAUCCUCCAAUGCAGAGGGAAGAUUGGGAUGAACCUUGCGAUUGUUCAAGACAACGAGCCUCUUUAUACGACGGGCUACGGCUAUGCGGAUUUGGAGAACCAGGUACCCGAUGACGGGGAGACUAUACACUUUAUAUAUUCUGUCAGCAAGUCGUUCGUUGUAACACUAUUCGCACAAUUGAUAGAAGAGACGGGGAUAUCGUGGAACUCCUUGGUCAAAGAUCUGUUGCCGAAGUUCCGAUUUCGAGAUGAGGAGAGAAAUAAAGGAUUACAGUUGAGAGACUUGCUUGGUCAAGCGAGUGGCCUUCCUGAGAAACCUCUGAGCGUUCCUUUCAAUUCAGUUGAAGAGUUCGUAAACGUGCUAAAAUGCACCGAACCGGUAAUGGGUAUGCGACAGAGUUUCUGCUAUGUCGACGUAAAUUAUUUCCUUGCUGGUGCGAUACUUGAACAUCUGACGAACAAAUCCUUUUCGCAACUUAUGCAUGAACGAAUCUUUACCCCACUGAAGAUGAACUCGACAUUUCCAUCCCUCGCUCAUCGUUAUAAUGAGUCCCUUGGCAAGUUUGCGUAUGGUUAUCGAUUAGUAAACGGAGAGGUUGUGGUCAUCGAUUCACCUGGUACUGAAGGUGAAGUCACUGAAACGUUAUGGGCGGCAGCCAUGGGGGUCAUGACAACAGCAGAAGAUAUGGCGGAGUACAUGAAGUUCCACCUUGGGGCGUAUAGAAAUGACGGAUCCCUCAAUCCAAUUGUUGACCCCAACAUAUUGAGGGAAAUGUACAAACCGAACCAAGUCAUCAAUUUUUACACAUCCUUCCUUGAGAUUGAUGGUCUGGAUGAUAUUGAUGAAACAUGGAGAGUGUAUGCUUAUGGUAUGGGAUUUUGGAUGGGGAAUUUCAGAGAGAGCGACUUUAUACAACACGGCGGUUAUGGAACCCACGAUACUAUAAUGACACUGUUCAAGCAAUGGAAUCUUGGCAUUUAUACUUCCCUUACUGGACCCCGUGGAGUUGAUUCGCACGCAACUAUGUCAUUCAUUCACUUUUACAUCGCAGACAUCCUCCGUGGCAACACUCCCAUCUUCAACAUCAGUUACGCGUGUAAUUACACUCUUCCUGCAAAGGAAGGUGGAUAUUGCGGACGUUUUGAAAUACAUCCUGAUACUAGCAUCGAUAAGACCAAAAGCAUAUCAUCCCCCGUUGAAACAUACACUGGAAGCUAUGUAAAUCUUGAUGACGAAGCCAAAAUAAAAGUUGAUCCAAACAGAGCUACAUUAGUUAUGACGAAAGGAUGUGAGGAGUACCAUCUUUACCCGAGUGGAGUUCCCCAUGCUUUUGUAGCUGAAUCUACAGGAGAAUGUUACGGAUGCGCUAAACGUGUUGUCUUCACCAUUUUAUCAGAAACUGGAUUGGUCGAUGAUUUUUCAAGUCUAAGAAUAGAUGAUGUUGAAUUCCAAAACUCCAGAAUCAAACCAGAAGAGAGAAAAUGUGAUGUAUCGUUGGCAAGUGAUACCAACUUUUCUCGGCUUUGUCUGUAUUCUAUGAUGGCUUUUGCUCUGACUGCUACAACAAUAUUUUAAAAAAGAAUAAGUCCUUUCACUUAAAUGCCCACUUUGCGUAUUUUCAACGUUUUUGGGCAAAACAAAGACUUACAUUUGAAUUUCAUAGUAUGUCCAAUGUAUUGAUAAGAACCUUAUCUUUCAUUUGACACCAACAACAGCCCUAAUGGACCACAUCAAAGCUUACAAUAGAUUAUCAAAAAUAUUUUCAAUCUGUCAAGCUUUAUAUAUCAAGUUUUUAUCAAUGUCAUUGAAAGAUGGCAAAGUUGUUUGUAUUACAUGAUACAUUCAUUUCCAUAGAAGUGUCAGGCCCGUAGCCAGGAUUUGCCAAGGGGGGGGGGGGUUCAGUUUUCAAAAAUUUCCAGGGGGGGGUUCACAUUUGACAAUUUUGGCCCAAAUAUGGCUAAAAUCACAAGAGAAGUGCUCAAAAUGGUGAAAAACUGCAUGAUUUUGAAAGAAUUUUUGGCCAGGGGGGGGGGGGGGUUCGCCCGAACCCUGCGAACCCCCCCUGGCUACGGGCCUGAGUGUCGCCAUCUUUUAAAUCAACAGUAAUUAAA